UUACUAACCUAGAAAUUUAGCACAGCUAGUAAUAAUAAUUUUUUAGCCUGCGAUGAUAACAUUUGGAGAUACUGGAGCAGGCGCGAAUAAAAACGACUGGAAUGAAAAUAAUAAUGAAUGUAAAGAAAAUAAAGGAUGUGUCGAAGUAACACAAAACAGAUUGCUAGAAAAUAUAGCUAGUAUUCGUAAUGAUGUUGUAGAAACUGAAAAGAACAGGGAGAAUGAAACAGAAUUAAUGGAUUGUUUACAACCUUUACAACGUACCGGUGAUAACAGUAGUGGUAAAACAACUGAAAUUUUCGAAAUACCAGAUUUUGAUAACGAAUCCAUCAAUUUUGGGGUCAAAGAGAGCGGUGUUCAAUUUGCAACACAGGUCGAUACAGCGGCAACCCAGCAAUACCACAGUGCCUGCUUUUCAAGACUCCUGCAACAAAACACUCCGCUUGCUCAACAGUUUGCUGAAAUAAAAGCAAACAAUGUUUACUUGCAGGGUAUCCUUCACCAAGUCGUCGCCAAUCAAGAACGAAUCAUUGGGAAAUUGGCAAUUCUUGAUCCGAAUAACGAAACGUUUGACAACAUCAUAUUCACCAACGAUUAUGAUGGAUAA